ACAGGGGCCUACUGGGUGGUCAAUGAGUGUGGCUACUGACAGAUUGUGUGUUGCUUCCCCAGCAUCUCUGAAUGUAGGAAGUCCAGUUGAACAGCCAUGGAAUGGGACAAUGACACAGGCCAGGCCCUGGGCUUGCCGCCCACCACCUGCGUCUACCAAGAGAACUUCAAGCGGUUACUGCUGCCGCCCGUGUACUCGGUGGUGCUGGCAGCCGGCCUGCCACUGAACGCCUGCGUCAUUGCCCAGAUUUGCACAUCCCGCCGGGCCCUGACCCGCACGGCCGUGUACACCCUGAACUUGGCCCUGGCGGACCUGCUGUAUGCCUGCUCCCUGCCCCUGCUCAUCUACAACUAUGCCCAAGGUGACCACUGGCCCUUCGGAGACCUCGCCUGCCGCCUGGUCCGCUUCCUCUUCUACGCCAACCUACACGGCAGCAUCCUCUUUCUUACCUGCAUCAGCUUCCAGCGUUACCUAGGCAUCUGCCACCCUCUGGCCCCCUGGCACAAGCGUGGGGGCCGCCGGGCUGCCUGGCUAGUGUGUGGGGCUGUAUGGCUGGCCGUGACGACCCAGUGCCUGCCCACAGCCCUCUUUGCUGCCACAGGCAUCCAGCGUAACCGCACGGUCUGCUAUGACCUGAGCCCACCUGCCCUGGCCACCCACUACAUGCCCUAUGGCAUGGCCCUGACAGUCAUCGGCUUCGUGCUGCCCUUUGUUGCCCUGCUGGCCUGCUACUGCUGCCUGGCCCGUCGUCUGUGCCGCCAGGACGGCCCAGCAGGGCCUGUGGCCCGGGAGCGGCGCAGCAAGGCAGCCCGCAUGGCUGUGGUGGUGGCAGCUGCCUUUGCCAUCAGCUUCCUGCCUUUCCACAUCACCAAGACAGCCUACCUGGCGGUGCGCUCUACGCCUGGCCUCCCCUGCCCUGUGCUGGAGGCCUUCGCGGCCGCCUACAAGGGCACACGGCCCUUCGCCAGUGCCAACAGUGUGCUGGACCCCAUCCUCUUCUACUUUACCCUGAAGAAGUUCCGCCGGCGGCCACAUGAGCUGCUACAGAAACUCACAGCCAAGUGGCAGCGACAGGGUCGCUGAGUCCACUGGGGCAGGACACGUGGAGUCUGGGCAACCAUUGUGUUUGCCACUGUGGCUGGGGCAUCAAAAGCUCCACCAGCCCCAAACCAUGCAGAGAAUUAGAGCUUAGCUCAGCUGGGCAUAGAGUGAGAACCCCCCCGACCCCAAAACUUCACCAGCAACUAUUUAUUAAGCCCUUUUUCUGAACCAGGCCCUGUGGGUACAGAGAGAGACAAGCCUGGGCCUGGUUCUCCAGAAGGUCUCAAGAAGCCGUGGAGAGUUGGGGAGAGAGUUAAGCUGCUCACAAAAAUAUAGUACGGCAUGUACUGUAACUGAGGAGUAUGCUGCAUACUUUGGAGUCACCAAUAAAGGGAGUGAGAGAAGAUGGGAGGGGUAAGUGAGAGCUUCUGGGAAGGGCCAUUUGAGCUGGGUUUUGAGGGAUGAAUAUGAGAUCUCUGGGGGAUGUGCUGUGUUCCAUUCAUUCAUUUGGUCCUCUCUGCUCCUUGUCCUCAUCUCCACACACUCCCGCCCCACCCCCUCUCACUACUCCUCCAUUCCUUAUUCCCUCCUCCCAGAUCUCAGUUUUCCUCCUGUGGAACAAUGUGGCCAGCCCAUGGCUGCUAGUAUGCCACACAGACCCAGUACUGGCAGAGCCAGCCAUGGCAAAGGGAGCCUUCCACCUUAGAAGGUUAGAGCGGAGAGAGGAAAGGGCAGAGGGACAAGGCAGGGAGGGGAAGGACUGUACAACUUCUUCAGCAUUUUUCUUUUAGCCCUGCCUAAUCUCCAAGGCUCUUCAGCCAAGGAGGGCUCUGCAGGAGUUAAACUCCACAGUAAUGUCUGAGGUGUGCUUGCAGCUGGAAGAGGAAGGGGGAAAACCAGGCCCCAGCCCAUCUUGGGAAUCCAUUGAAAGUGUCCUUGCUGGAGAGGCUGACAAUUUGGACAGAAGGCAGUUUGAUUCUUUGGGUCACAGCAAGGUAGAUGUGUGGGGACAUCAGAAGACAGACUAGUUCUUAGUUCCCAUAUAGUGCAAUGCUGUGCCAAGCAGUCCAGGUGUUACCCAUCUUGCAUCUGAGACCAGGCUCUUCAGCUGCCUGUCACGGGGGAGUAAGAGAUGGGGGAGCAGAAGGCA